UGUUGGGUAAUUGGUUUUGGCUUCAAACAGAUAGUAAUAAAAGGCAAAAGCUAGAUUUGGGAUAUAUAAAUGUUCUUAUCUGGAGCCUGUUAGUUUUCUAGUGCCAAAUUGGUUACCAUAUUGUAUUUUAUUGGAAAGGUCACAAAAUUACCAUUUUGUUGUAGGUAGACCAUGGAGUGAAAACGACCACAAGCUUUCUGUGUAUCAGAAAGCUUUAGCUGGUCUACCAUCUAACUUUACUAAUCUGACCUUGUGACAUAGGUGAAAGGCAGGCUGAUUGUUUUUGCCUUAAAUCACCAAUUGGAGAGAAAAAUAUCUGUGCCUAUAAAGAGGAAGCUAGUCAUUAAUGUUGCAGCAAUUUGUACAAUUUGUUAAUCAAAAGUAGUUUCAGAUUCCUAUGUUAGUGGUUGAUUUCAUGGCUCGAAUCCAUGACCUAUAGGCCACACAUAGACAACUUUACUGUUGCUCGCUUGAAAAUGAAAUGCCAAUUCUUUUAGCCCUACUUAUGCCAUGGUAAUUUAAAGCAUCAUUUGUAUGGAAUUUCAGUUAUGAAAUGUAUUUGCAGAUGGGAAAUCUUAUGACUGUCAAAUAGAAUUGAGUUUCAGCAGCACUAUGUUUCUUUACUUCCAAUUCUAUCUCAAGUAUUAGACAUCAGUAGCAGUAGUAUUUAUCAUGUUUCGUCGCAAGAACCAUUCCCAUACUGAUCAUGAGGGGGAGGAUCGACAGCACAAGGUUAAGGAGCUUAGGACUUCCUUGGAGCCGCUAUCAGGGCGCAGCUUACAGUACUGCAGCGAUGCAUGUUUAAGGAGAUAUUUGGAAGCACGAAACUGGAAUGUGGAUAAAUCAAAGAAGAUGUUGGAAGAGUCCCUAAAAUGGAGGUCAACUUUUAAGCCUGAGGAAAUCCACUGGAAUGAAGUUGCAAUUGAAGGUGAGACAGGGAAAGCUUUCAGAGCAAAUUUCCAUGACCGCGAUGGGAGAACUGUUCUUAUCUUGAGACCAGGAAUGCAGUUCUUGAUUAUAUUUCAGAAUACGACAUCAAUAGACAACCAGAUGAAGCAUUUGGUGUAUCUGAUAGAGAAUGCCAUUCUUAAUCUUCCAGAAGGUCAAGAGCAAAUGGCUUGGUUGAUAGACUUCACAGGAUGGUCUCUAACCAAUAAUGUUCCCAUCAAAUCUGCUCGUGAGACGGUCAAUAUUUUGCAAAACCACUACCCUGAAAGACUUGCUAUAGCAUUUCUCUACAACCCUCCGCGAAUUUUUGAAGCAUUUUGGAAGAUAGUCAAAUAUUUUCUGGAUACCAAAACAUUUCAGAAGGUCAAAUUUGUUUAUCCAAAGAACAAGGAUAGUGUGGAACUAAUGAAGUCAUACUUUGACAUGGAUAAUUUACCAACUGAGUUUGGAGGAAAAGCAACUUUAAACUAUGAUCAUGAGGAGUUCUCAAGGAAAAUGGUUCAAGAUGAUAUGAAAGCUGCCAAGUUUUGGAGUCUUGACAAGCUCCACCCUGAAACUAAUGGCUACUAUGCAGCAGAGGUUGCUGCAAAUCCUGAAUGUAUUGCUCCACCAGCCAUAGCUACUUAGAUGUUUUGCUAGAGUACCAGCUUAUUGUUCUAUGUCUAACUUGAUUUAAAAAUAUGUCAAGAAAUGUAAGAUCUUAAAAAAUGCACUUCCAGAUUAUGCUAUACAAGUUAGGUGAUUUUGUUCC